CACGACUCACUCCACUUUGAGCAGAACCACAUGAUGUUGCCUCAGCACCUGAAGCAAAUCAGAGUCCUCAUGCUGAACAACAAGGAAAGUUUGGAAAGAACUUUGUUCAGACUUGAACAAGUCUUUCCCCACAGAGGAGAGGAGAGGUUAGGAGGAGGAUAUAUUGUUGUUGACCCUGUCCUUCGUGUUGGACCAGACAAUCAUGUCCUCCCAUUGGACUGCAUCACCAUCCAGACAUACCUGUCCAAAUGUUUGGGACAUUUGGAUGACUGGACAGAUAAACUGAGAGUGGCCAAGGAGUCAGGGUACAACAUGAUCCACUUCACUCCUCUGCAGACCUUAGGAGAGUCCAGGUCCUGUUACUCCUUAGCUGACCAGCUAACCUUCAGCCCUGAGUUCAGCCCAAAGGGCACUAGCUAUACCUGGGAGGAUGUGGGGGCCCUGGUUGAGAAACUAAGAACAGAAUGGAAUAUGAUGUCUAUCACGGACGUGGUGUACAAUCACACUGCUGCAAACAGUGUGUGGAUAAGUGAGCACCCAGAGUGUGGUUAUAAUCUGGUAAACUCUCCUCAUUUGCGUCCUGCCUGGGUGCUUGACAGAGCAAUCUGGCAUCUAACCACCAAAGUAGCAGACGGCCUCUACAAAAGCAAAGGACUUCCUCCGGACAUUACUGAGGAGAGCCAUCUAAAUGUAAGCACUCAAACGGAUCAUUUGAAGUCUGAAGGGAAGAAGGAGCUGAAGAUCAUCCAGGACCAACAGUAUUGUCGUCAUGGCAACAAAGUAGAUAUGGACUUGGCUUUGGAAACAUUUGUACCUCACAGCUCAUCUCCCCAACACAUCGAGGAGUGCUGUGGAAGGCUGGAACAAAGGCUCAGUGAGCUAAACAAAGAAAAGUACAACAUGAUACAACAGCAUCAAGAGCAGGCGGUUAACUGUGUUGUGGGAAACAUUGUGUAUGAACGUCUGGCUGACCAUGGUCCAAAACUGGGUCCAGUUACCAAGAAAACCCCUCUAAUCACCAGGUAUUUCACCUUCCCAUAUGAGGAAAUGACUUUUGAGCAAGAGCUGGAGCUGCUGGACCAUCCAGACAAGAUUUGCCACUUCUUGGCUCACAACGGUUGGGUGAUGGGUGAUGAUCCACUACGCAACUUUGCUGAACCAGGCUCAAAUGUGUACUUGCGUCGGGAGCUGAUCUGCUGGGGUGACAGUGUCAAACUUCGCUAUGGCAAUGGCCCUGAAGAUUGUCCAUACCUGUGGGACCACAUGCGAAAAUACACUGAAACCACAGCUAAAUGUUUCCAUGGGGUCAGACUGGAUAACUGCCACUCUACACCUUUACAUGUUGCUGAGUUCAUGCUGGAUGUGGCCAGAAGAGAGUGUCCUAACCUAUACGUGGUUGCUGAACUGUUUACCGGCAGCGAGGAGCUGGAUAAUGUCUUUGUUACCAGGCUAGGGAUUACAUCACUCAUACGAGAGGCCAUGUCAGCAGGUGAUAGCCAUGAAGAGGGCCGGCUGGUCUAUCGUUAUGGCGGUGAGCCUGUAGGAGCCUUUGUUCAGCCCAGCCUGCGCCCUUUGAUGCCCACCAUCGCUCAUGCUAUGUUCCUUGAUGUGACCCAUGACAACGAGUGCCCUAUCCAGCUGCGCUCAGCACUCGACUCUCUGCCCAGUUCUGCUAUUGUCUCCAUGGCCUGUUGUGCUACUGGUUCCACCAGAGGAUAUGAUGAGCUGGUUCCACAUCAGAUAUCUGUGGUGAAGGAGGAACGAUUUUACCCCAAGUGGAAUCCCUCAGCAGCCCCCACCACCCCUGGGGAAGUUGGAUUUCAGAACGGCAUCAUUGCUGGCAAACUGGCACUUAACAAACUGCACCAGGAGUUGGCAACUCAGGGAUUCAUCCAGGUGUAUGUUGACCAGGUUGAUGCAGAUAUAGUUGCAAUUACUCGUCAUUGUCCCAGCACACACCAGUCUGUGGUAACAGUGAGCCGGACGGCCUUCAAGGAUCCCAAAACCCACCAGUAUGACACCAAGGUUCCAUCUAUUUUCAUACCUGGUAAGUUAGAGGAAAUUGUUUUGGAGGCCAGGACUGUACAGAGGGAUGCUGGGAGUUAUAAGAGGGAUGAUAACUACAUCAACGGCAUGUCAGAAUACACAGUGGAACUAAAAGAACAUAUAAAGAUAGAGGAAAGUAUGGUAAUGAAACAUGCUGGAGCGACGUCUAAAGGUCGAUCUGAGUUUGUCCAAGAAAUCCAGUUCCAGAAGUUGACACCUGGCAGUGUCAUUGCCUUCAGAGUCAGUUUGGACUCUAAAGCUCAGAAGCUGGUGAGCGUGUUGAGGUUUUAUCUCUCCCAGUUCAGCCCAAAGUACAGGAGAGGUAGUAUACAAGAUGAAAACCCACCAGAAAUUCUGCAGAAGUCCCUGGCACAGCUCAUGUCUAAGAUGACAUUGGCAGACAUGAAUAUCUUGCUGUUUCGCUGUGAAGCAGAAGAACAAGAGGAUGGUGGAGGUUGUUACAGUAUCCCUGGAUGGGAAAGCCUGAAAUAUGCAGGGAUACAAGGGUUGAUGUCGGUGUUGGCAGAAAUCCGUCCCAAAAAUGACCUGGGUCACCCUCUGUGUGCUAACCUCAGAGAAGGAGACUGGCUCAUAGACUUCGUCUCCAACAGGCUGAAACACCGGGAAGGACCACUGGCACAGGUGGGCCAGUGGUUAGAAGCCAUGUUUGAUCACCUGAAACACAUUCCUCGUUACCUCAUCCCCUGCUACUUUGAUGCCAUCUUGGUGUCAACCUACACCACAGCCCUGGAUGCAACUUUCAAACUCAUGUCAAGUUUCAUCCAAAAUGGUUCCUCUUUUGUCCAACACCUGGCGCUGGGCUCAGUCCAGAUGUGUGCCAUUGGACGCCUUCCUGUCCUCCCUUCCAUUUCAGCGAGCAUUAAGGACGUUCCUUACCGCAUCAGUCCAGUCACUGGGCAGAAGGAGCAGUACUGUGUCUCACUGGCAGCAGGUCUCCCUCAUUUCUCUUCGGGGAUUUUCCGCUGUUGGGGCAGAGACACUUUUAUUGCUCUUAGAGGUCUGAUGCUUAUCACAGGAAGACACAUUGAGGCUCGAAACAUUAUCCUGGCAUUCGCAGGGACUCUGCGUCACGGUCUGAUCCCCAACCUUUUGGGAGAGGGUCGUUGCGCCAGGUACAACUGCCGGGACGCCUUGUGGUGGUGGCUGCAGUGCAUCCAGGACUACAGUAACCAUGUCCCUAAUGGACAAGAAAUCCUUCGCUGCCCUGUCACACGCAUGUACCCCACUGAUGACUGUGAUCCUUGCAAACCUGGAGAGGUGGAGCAACCUCUGCAUGAUGUGAUUCAAGAGAGUCUGCAUCGCCACCUAGAGGGAAUUUCGUUCAGAGAGAAGAAUGCUGGACCGAAGAUAGACAUGAACAUGAGGGAUGAAGGAUUUAAUGUAAGUGCUAAAGUGGACCCAGCUACGGGUUUUGUGACUGGAGGAAACCGUUUUAACUGCGGCACUUGGAUGGACAAAAUGGGGGAGAGUGAAAGAGCCAGAAAUAAAGGGAUGCCUGCAACUGCAAGAGAUGGAGCAGCAGUGGAGAUCGUUGGUCUCAGUAAAUCAGCAGUUCGUUGGCUUGUAGAGCUUCAAGCAAAGGGACUCUUCCCUUAUGAUGGUGCUACAGUGGAGAGAGAUGGUAAAAAAGUGUUUGUCUCCUAUUCCUCAUGGAACCAACAGCUCCAACAAUCUUUUGAACCUGCUUUUUGGGUGUCUGGAGACCCUCAGGACCCUAACGAGAUGCACCCUGACCUGGUGCAUAAAAGUAACAUUUAUAAAGAUAGUUAUGGAGCCUCCAGCCCAUGGUGUGACUACCAGUUGAGACCCAACUUUACCAUUGCCAUGGUGGUGGCUCCAGAGUUGUUCUCAAUUGAAAAAGCCUGGAAGGCUUUAGACCUGGUUGAGAAGAAACUACUGGGACCAUUGGGGAUAAAAACCCUUGACCCUGAUGACAUGGUGUACUGCGGUGUUUAUGAUAAUGCACUGGAUAAUGACAACUAUAACCUGGCGAAAGGCUUCAACUACCACCAAGGCCCAGAGUGGCUGUGGCCAGUUGGCUACUUUCUGCGAGCUAAACUCUUCUUUUCCAAGAAGCUGGGUGAGGAGACCUUCGCCAAGACAGUUACACUAGUGAAAAAUGUUCUGUCCAGGCACUACACUCAUCUGGAGAGGUCCCCAUGGAAGGGUCUGCCAGAGCUGACCAAUGAAAACGGACAGCACUGUCCUUUCAGCUGUGAGACCCAGGCCUGGUCACUGGCUACUGUUCUGGAGGUCCUCUAUGACUUCUAGAGGGCCCAGGAAAACCAUGAAUUAUGGCCUGCAUGAUAACAUUUCCUGUCUAUAACAGCUGUUUCAGUGGAAAAGCAAGGUUGUGAUUUUUUGGGGAGAUAUUUUAAAGGGUUUGGAGUGUGGCUAAAACUACUAAUAUAAAGUAAUUGCUGAUGUACGGUAUAAAAUAAGCAAGCUCUGAGCCUUUAGGGCACAAAUUAAUAAUUAACGCUAAUAAUUAACAAUUUGAAAAUAUAUAUUUAAUGUGACACAUGAGCAGGUGCAUUUUAAGCUAAAUAUGUCUGGAUGUUUAUGUGAAUUUUCGGGGUUUAAUCAUUCGCAUUCUCAUGAACAGUCAUUGUUUCAGCAGUAACACAUAAAGCUGCUUCAAGUUGUUACAAGUGGCAUGAAACCGAGAUCACAGACCACUCUUGGGUAGCUCCCCAACAUGCUUUAGACAGCUGACAGUUCAUAUAAUAGGUCUUUCUGUUUUCCCUUAAGCCUUAUGAUAACGUUAAAAACAAAGCAAGUAGGCUUCUAUUAUAUAGUUUGUAUGGAAGAGGAUUUGGGCCGUGUUGCACAAAAAAAAAAAUUUUUUUCUCAGAAUCCUGACUUAAUUCUUAGAAUUCUGAGUAAAAAUUGUGGAAUUCUGACUUUUUAAUUUCAGAAUUUUGACUUUUCUCAGAAUUCUGAGAUUAAAGUUAGAAUUCAGGACAGCAAUUACUGUUUUUUGCACGGUGGCCCUUAUCCUCUUCCAUAAUUUUAAGAGAUUAUAAGCAAUAUAUUGGUCAAGUGAAACAUCUUCUACAGAACAGAUGUUCAGUUGUUUUGUUUUUAAUAAAUGAUGUGGACUUGCUGUGCCCUGGACGACUGAGAAUCUUCACCAAUUUGUUAUGAGAUUUAUAUAUAUAUAUAUAUAUAUAUAUAUAUA